AUCACUUCUUACAUCAUGAAAAUUGCUUGCGAUUAAUCGGAACGUGGAGGCUUCAAUUUCCGUAAGAUUAUGGAAAACCAUUAAAUAUCUCAAAGAAGAAUAACUGUGUGGAGUACAGGAAGGUAAGGUGAACGAAACCUACGCGCUGCGAGCACUCGAAACAUUCACCUUAAAACAGAAUGCAGCGAUUGUUGACUUCUACGGGGGUGUUGCCUUCGCUGGCAAGGCCGGGUCCAUCGCUGGUGAGGUCAUUUCCGUUGAUCCAGCGACAGUAUUCGGCAGGCCGUAGACCUGGAUUUUUCUCGCAAGUGGUCGACAAUAUCCGACAGGAAAUGCAAAAGAGUAAGGAAAUUAAGGAGAAUGUGAAAAAGUUCCGGGAGGAGGCACAGCGUCUGGAGCAGUCUGAUGCCCUGCAGGCGGCGCGUAAAAAAUUCAACACCGUCGAGUCAGAGGCCAGCAAGGGGGGCGAAGCGUUGAAGGAAAAUUUAGACAAGCUGCGAGGUCGGGUGACGGAGGCGUUUGAUGAGGCGUCCCGGACGGAACUGGGCCGGAAGGCGGGCCAACUUGGCGAGGACCUGAGCCGCAAGGCGCGCGACGUCAGUGAGACUCUGGCUGAAAAGGGCCAAGUACUGGGGCAGAGCGGUGCGUUCCGCGGUAUCAGCGAAACUGCGAAGGUCGUACGGGAUGAGCUGGACCGGCAGGGCAUUGAGGCGCGAGUCUAUCGUAGCCCUGCCAAGCUGAGAAAGCGCGUGGAGGUGGCGAGCGAUCCGGCGUCGAAGCGUGCCGUUGAACCGAACGCAGAUGCAACGGGCGUCGAGCUGCACAAGGACAGUCAGUUCUAUCAGUCGUGGGAGGUCUUCAAGAACAACAAUCAGUACGUGAACAAGGUGCUGUCGUGGAAGAUGAAGUACGAUGAAUCGGAAAACCCAAUGGUGCGCGCUUCCCGGUUGCUGACCGACAAGAUGAGCGACAUCAUGGGAAAUUUGUUCUCAAAGACCGAACUGUCGGAAACACUGACUGAGAUCUGCCGCAUCGAUCCGAGCUUCGAUACGAAGCAGUUUCUGCGGGACUGCGAGAACGACAUCAUCCCGAACGUGCUGGAAUCGAUCGUGCGGGGCGACCUGGAGGUCCUGCGCGACUGGUGCUUUGAGAGCACGUAUAACAUCAUCGCGACACCGAUCACGCAGGCACUAAAGGCGGGCUAUCGGCUGGACUCGAAGAUUCUCGACAUCGAGAACGUCGAUCUGGUGAUGGGCAAGGUGAUGGACCAGGGUCCGGUGCUAAUAGUCACGUUUCAAACGCAGCAGGUGCUGUGUGUGCGGGAUGUCCGGGGUACGGUGAUCGAGGGCGAUCCGGAGAAGGUGAUGCGCUGUCACCACGUGUGGGUGUUGUGCCGUGAUCCGAGUGAACUUAACCCCCGGUCCGCCUGGCGGCUCAUGGAAAUGUCUGCCAACAGUACGGAGCAAUUCGUGUAGCGCCACCCUGCGUGCCACCACCACAAGUUAGUGUUUUAAGUGCGUGUGCAUGCGACCGUGCGUGAACGUGGCGUGAAUGUGGCCCUCCCCUUUGGUCGGGUGUACGGUGAAAUUGCUGGAGACUUUUGAAAUCUUUCUCAGCUGAUCUCUAUCGGCAGCCGUAGGCUUUGUCAACUGGGGUAUAUAAUACAGUGUAGUACGUGCGAAAGAUUGUACGAGUCCGGCAGUAACAUGUCGCGUUGUGACACCCGUGAUCCGGUCGAUUUUUUCUUCUGGACGGGACCGGGCCGGUGAGACAGUUGCAGAAUGAGCGCCGUUGUGUAAAGUGUUUUGUUAGUGACUUCAGUUCGUUCAGCGAAUAAAAGAUAGUAAA